AUGGCGGCGUUCGCGCGGCGCAAGGCGCAGCGGCUCGCGCGGCCCGACGCCAGCCGGAAGCGCUCGCUGGACGCGCGCGCCGCGGGGCUCGCGCGGCUCCUGAACGCGCGCGAGCGGUUCUGUACGGCCAGCUCGUGCGACGGCAGAGUCCUGGUGGCGGACACGGACGGCGGCGGGAUCCAGAAGAAGAACUGCAGAUGGCUCCUGGUAACACACGACCCGUGUGCCAAAGGCGAUGUGAUGACAGCACUAGAGAAGGCCACUGGAGAUGUUGUGUUCAAGUUUGAACCAUUUGUUCUUCACGUGCUGUGUCGGGAGAUGCAGGAUGCACAGCUGCUGCAUUCAGUGGCUGUUGAUUCUGGAUUCAGGAACUCCGGUAUUACGGUUGGCAGAGGAGGAAAAAUUACAAUGGCUGUCCGGAGCACUCACUGCUUAGAAGUUCCAUUGAGCCACAAGGGGAGAUUGUUGGUCUCUGAAGAAUAUAUUGAAUUUCUGGUACAAGUAGCCAAUCAGAAAAUGGAAGAAAACAUAAGGAGGAUUGAGAGAUUCCAGAAAGGCUUGGAGUUGGCUCUGGAGGCUGCUGUUUCUACAGACACCUUGGCUCCUGAGAGGCCGGAGAAGAGCCGCUCUGUGUAUGUGCACAGGAGAAAGAGACGGACCCCUCGGGAACAGGCCGAUCCCAGCAGAGAGCUGGAGCCCCAGGAUGAUACUGAAAGCAGUCUGGAUCUGUUUGCCGAAAUCAUGAUAUAGACUAAGGCAUUUGAAAGGAAAUGGCAAACUGAUUGUAAUGCUCUUUGUAAGAGGUUUAUAUACAUUUGUGCUCUAAGUAGUCACACUCCCAUGGACAUGGACUAGAAAAAAGGUAAUUAACAGAAUGAUGAGCAGGUGUAACGCUACCGGGCACAGACAACAAAGCCUUAGAGUGUUUUGGGGGUUUUUCAACUGUACAGUUUUUCAACUGUACUGUUGAAUUAACAAGCUUUUACUCCAUCUUCCAGUUAUCCCAGAAAUAACAGGUUUGCUGCAGCCUUUG